CGCCCCCGGGCCGGGGCCGCGCCGCGCCGGGCCGGGCCGCGCCCGGGCGGGGCCGCGCUGCCUGCAUGACCCUCCGGCGGCGCGGGGAGAAGGCGACCAUCAGCAUCCAGGAGCAUAUGGCCAUCGACGUGUGCCCCGGCCCGAUCCGGCCCAUCAAGCAGAUCUCCGACUACUUCCCCCGCUUCCCGCGGGGCCUGCCCCCGGACGCCGGGCCCCGCGCCGCCGCGCCCCCCGCCGCCCCCGCGCGCCCGGCCGCGGCCAGCGGCGGCCGCCGCAGCCCCUCCGACGGCGCGCGCGAGGACGACGAGGAUGUGGACCAGCUCUUCGGAGCCUACGGCGCCAGCCCGGGCCCCAGCCCGGUGGCCAGCCCCGCGCGGCCGCCCGCCAAGCCGCCCGAGGACGAGCCGGACGCCGACGGCUACGAGUCCGACGACUGCACGGCCCUGGGCACGCUGGACUUCAGCUUGCUGUAUGACCAGGAGAACAGCGCCCUCCACUGCACCAUCAACAAGGCCAAGGGCCUGAAGCCGAUGGACCACAACGGGCUGGCUGACCCCUACGUCAAGCUGCACCUCCUGCCAGGAGCCAGCAAGGCAAAUAAGCUCCGGACGAAAACCCUCCGAAACACUCUGAACCCCACCUGGAACGAGACCCUCACCUACUACGGAAUCACGGAUGAAGACAUGGUCCGGAAGACACUGCGGAUCUCUGUGUGUGAUGAGGAUAAAUUCCGCCACAAUGAGUUCAUCGGGGAGACACGGGUGCCCCUGAAAAAGCUGAAGCCCAACCACACCAAGACAUUCAGCAUCUGCCUGGAGAAGCAGCUGCCGGUGGACAAGAGUGAGGACAAGUCCCUGGAGGAGCGGGGCCGCAUCCUCAUCUCCCUCAAGUACAGCUCCCAGAAGCAGGGCCUGCUCGUCGGCAUCGUGCGCUGCGCCCACCUGGCCGCUAUGGACGCCAACGGCUACUCGGACCCCUACGUGAAAACAUACCUGAAGCCCGACGUGGAUAAGAAAUCCAAGCACAAGACCGCGGUGAAGAAGAAGACCCUGAACCCCGAGUUCAAUGAGGAGUUCUGUUACGAGAUCAAGCACGGGGACCUGGCCAAGAAGACCCUGGAGGUCACUGUCUGGGACUACGACAUCGGAAAAUCCAACGACUUCAUCGGUGGUGUGGUCCUGGGCAUCAACGCCAAGGGGGAGCGCCUGAAGCACUGGUUCGACUGCCUGAAGAACAAGGACAAGCGCAUCGAGCGCUGGCACACGCUCACCAGCGAGCUCCCGGGGGCCGCGCUCAGCGACUGACGCCCCCGCUGCCGGACACCCGCUCGGACAUGGAGUCGCUGCCGCCGCCCCCCCUGCAGGCCCCUAGGGUCCCGGCCACCCCCGGGUGUGCGAGCAGGGGCUCCCCAUCUCCAUCCCUGGAGGCGGGAGCCGGAGGACCCCCAGGGGGAGGCCUGGGACCUUCCAGGGGCCAUGGACCCCACCAGCUGUCACCCCACCGUGAGUGCAGGGAGAAGGGGGUGGGAGGGGAGAGAAAGUCUG